AUGAAGACUGUAUUUAUCACCGGCGCCAGCGGGUAUAUUGGCGGGGAUAUCUUGUCCGAGCUGGUCGCCAAAUACCCCGAACACAGCUACCGAGUACUCGUGCGCAGUCAAGAAAGCGGACAAAAAAUACAAAAAAUCUAUCCCGGCAUCACUGUGAUUCAAGGAGAUCUGGACAAUAGCGAACUCCUUACUGGAGAAAGUGCCAGAGCGGACAUCAUCAUCCAUACUGCCAAUGCUGCAGACCACCUGCCUGCAGCCCAGGCAAUCGCCAAAGGUGCGAUCCAGGGUCAUACCCCAGACAGACCGGUAUACUGGCUGCACACAAGCGGCGCCGGCCUUUUGUCAUUCCAUGACACCGAGAACAAAAUAUACGGAGAGCGAAGCGAAAAAAUCUAUGACGAUCUGCGAGAUAUUCAAGAGAUUCUCUCGUUCCCCGACCAUGCCUUUCACAAGGUUGUUGACAAGGCAGUCCUCGAGGCAGGCACAGUAUCCCCAACCACUCUCAGAACGGCAAUAAUUGCCCCAACCACUGUCUACGGCAAAGGAAGAGGACCCUGCUACCAACGAAGCAGACAAGUAUACGAAAUGUCGAAAUUUAUUCUUGAACAUAAUCAGAUCCCCAUCAUCGGCAAGGGCCAAGCAAUUGGGUCAAAUAUUCAUGUCCACAGUGUGACAUCUCUUUUUAUGCAUUUUUUCGAGGUUGCCUUGAGGGGAGAAGGCGAUGGUACUAUCUGGAGUCCUGAGGCCUACUACCUUGUUGAAGAGGGUGAGCAUUGCUGGGGCGAAUUGGCUCAUUCGAUUGGUGACAUAGCUCUCAAAAAAGGGUUUCUGAAAAGUCAACCAAAGCAGAUAGAGCUGGAAAUGGAAUCCGCCCAGGAAUUAGCUGGCUUUGAGGCAACGAGUUGGGCAUAUAAUAUGCGUUGUCGUGCGAGUCGGGCUCGUUCACUUCUUGGCUGGCAGCCUUGUGGACGAUCCCUCGAAGAUGAACUUCCAGGCAUUGUUGACGAGGAGUUUGAGCGAUUGAUAGGGAAAUAA